AUAACAAAUCAAUCCAAGAUCUUUCUGCCUUCUCUCUCCCCGCCCCCAAUGAUGCUAUGGAAGCUACUCUUUCGCAACUCUCUCUCGUUCUCACUCUCUCUCACGCGCGCUGGAAAUGGGCGCAUUCAGCAUUGCUUGAUUUAAGCUGUGAUUUGGUGAUCGAUCACGGGGUUUCUCUUUCAAAAAAAGAAUGAUUAAUCGAACAGGCUUUACGGGAUGUUUUUAAAUAACUUACAAAACAUACUAGUUAGGUAAUCUUCAGUUUAUGAUCAUAAAACAUUUUCACUCAAAACAGUAAACUAUAUUCUUGGAUGAGUACGAAUUAAAAAGUAACAUUGAUAAGUUUCAUCUAUGAAUUAUUGGGUUUUUAAUUCUGGCAGUCAACAUCUUUAACAUAGCAUUUAUUGACACUAUAAAUGUGUUGGUGCUAUUUUAUUUUCUUUUAUUUGAUUUCAAUUAGUAAGUUUCCCAAUCCAAACUAAAUCAAAAUAAAGCGAAGAAAGAACAAUGACAAUUGUUGAGUGGGCUGCCAGAUUUAAUUUGUACAUUCUACAUAAUUUAGCUGAAGCUAUAUUUAGGUGUCUAAAAACAAUAUGAACUGCAAACAUAAACGUAUUUGUUGUACAACUCUUGUGACAAUUUUUGUCCAAGCCCGAAAUGUUAUUUAUUCAGUUAGCUUGGCAAUUAGCAAAUUUGCUAAAGUAGCAAAAAAAAAUCGUUAAAUAAAACGGCUACGUUUUUUCUGUUGUCAGGGAAAACUGAAAAAAAAGUUAAACAUUUUGAAACUCAGAUUGUGAUUCAUAACUGUGUUUACUUACUCAACAUUUGUUUUUCCAAAAAAAAAAACGGUAGUAAAUAAAUCUCAUCGCUAGUCUUGUAGUCCCAUCAUAAAUCACAUAUUUCAUAUCUAAAUUCGCAAUCCCCUGCUGAAUGCGCCCGUUCAAUCGACCCACGAAAUCUGACAAACAAACAAGGCCUACGUUUCAAGUCGAACAAGAUCGCACAGACAUUCGAAAAAACACACGACGCACAUAUCGAACACAGGUAUAUUUUAUGACUGAGUUACCUGGAGAACCUGCUGAAUUAUUGAACAGUGUUUUUGGCGAACAGCACACUGACAAUGAAAUUGUAAAUGGUCAUGGAAAUGUCGUAGAAGCCUGGCGUCUAAUUGGCUCCAAGAGUUGUGCAGUUCGCUUAUCGGUUCUGCUAUAUUUGCUCUUUUUUUUUACCGGCGAUAAUAAAAACACGCACCCACCCACGAGUGCUAAAGAAAUUGGUCGGCGUCUCAGAAAUCCAGGUGUGUGUUUGCAUACAAAUUUUGCCGGCGACCCCAAAGGGAAAAAUUAAAUACCAACCGCCAGCUGGCACCUUCCGUUUUCAUUCUGCUUUAUCUUUGGGCCUUAUUUAUAUUCACAUUUUUUAAGUGGUUACAUUUUGUUUACUCUGGAGGAAGUAAGGCGGCUGUUGUGGAAAGGCCCAAACGAACUGGUUGUAUUUGACAGCUCAAGUUAUUAUUAACAUUAACCAGAUUUGUAAUUGUGUAAGUCGAAAAAAAGGAGGCACUUUCGUUCUUGAUUAGCUCUGUUGUAUCAACAUGUUCGAAUUGGCUAUGGUCUGCUGAAUUUAACUGGGAAGUAUCUUUAAAAUUUUUUUUAAUUGGAUUCGAUAUUUUAACAAAUUUUGUAUUUUCCACAUUUUCUUUUAUUUUAUAAGGGUUUUGUUGUUAAUUCCUUUAUUCUCUGCAUUUACCAUAUGUUUUCUAUAAAAAGUAGCUUAAACCGUCACAAAAGUCUGUUGAAAUAUUCGGUUUGUUUGCGCCAUAAAGCUUAAGCAAAUAAUUGCUUCCAUUUUGUAUUUUGUAGAGUAAAAAACUUUAAUGCUAAAAUGAUUCCAAAUUAGAAAGUUAAAAUUACGGGCACAUGCUCUUGACUCAUUUAUGUAUUGUUCAAUUUUUGUUGGUAAUAAUUUUUAAAAACCUGCUUCGCUUGUAAAGGCAUUUGAUUAAUAGAUUUCGGGGUUAUAUUGAUUUUGAUACAAAAUCUUAAAAAUCGAACCACUUUAUUUUUCUUGACUUGUGUUGGAAGCUCAGCAAAUGUUUUUUUUAUUGAAUAUACUAAAGAAACCUAGUCACAUCUGACUACUUUGCCAAUUUUGAAGGUGGAAAACAUUGAUACACACUACUCCCUGUCGACAUGACUCAUUCUGUGGCACUGGCAAUGCAGUGCUUCCUCCUCCUUAUGCUCCUAACAAUGGUUUUCGCCCAGCCGAUGGAAAGGAGCCUUUACUUAACUGGCAAACACCACCUGAAUGUGGUGUCCAUACGGACGCGCAAGCAUAUUCGCCAUUGGGGCGACAACCACUUCUGUGCCGGCUCCAUCCUGUCCGCCCGUUGGGUCCUGACCUCCGGCUGCUGUGUGAGCACCUUGCCAGCGAGUACUCCAAGCAAGGCCAGCACCCGGAAAAACCUGAGGGUGGUGCUCUUCACGCGCAGGCGAUUGAAGAGGCCGGCGGAAAAGAAUAUUUUUGGCGUGGAGCAGGUGGUGUUUGACAAGGUCGGCGAUGGAGACUGCUCCAAAUUGGCUCUGCUGAAGCUGGAGCGCCCCAUUAUUGGCCAAAGGGGUGCCAUGAAGCUGCCCACGCAGAAGAUGAACACCACGUGGUUAUGCAGGACUCUCGGAUGGGGCAGGAUAUACUUUAAUGGACCCUACUCUAACGAUCUCCUUCUAUUGACAACCCAGGAGUCUCCUGAUUGCAAGGCGAACUGCGAAGGCUGCCUCUGCAUGGGAAGUUAUACGGGCAGGGGCAACAUGUGUCAACUGGACUUGGGCAGUCCACUAUUUUGUGGCGAUUUUGUAUACGGCGUGGCACACCAGGCUCACAAUUCCGAGGAAGAAGGGUUCAUGGUGUACACCAGUACCUUCCAUAAACUCAAGUUCAUCGAGAGCACUUUAAAUUCGGCACGAUCGCAAAGAAAGUGCAGAGAAGUUGUCAUCAUUAUAACCCUUACUCUAAACUGGGUUUUAAUGGCUUGAUCUGUAUGGUUAUAAUGGUAAUUGACGAAACAGUAUAAUUCUUUUAAAAAUAUUGCUUUUGAAUGGUUUUGUAUGAAUACUAUGCGAUUUUUAUCGUGUGUAUUAUGUUUUCUUCUUUAUAAAGAGUAAACAUAUGAUGAAUCAAUUUAAAAGCAUUGAACCAAUCAUAAGGAACUAGCUCAAUUAUAUUAAUCAGUCGUUGCUAACUAAAAACCAUAAACUUUUGAACUUAAAUAUGCCAAAACAAAAAAUGACUGCAUUGAAAAUUAUCAAAACAGUGUCAAAAAUUCAAGAUCCCACCUUCCACACAUUUUUUGCUGAGAAUAUUGACCUACGAUAUGAUUUUGAAAGAUGCCGAGUACUAUGUCCCCAAUGGUUCAAGUGGUUUUUUCGGCCUGUUGAUUGAAUCUUGAAUCACUAGUUUAAGUUCAUGGCCUUUUCGCUAUUGCCAUUGUGUGUCGUAUGUGCGUGUGUUUAAUCACUCGAAUUGUCUUCCCCAUUCAUCAGUCGAUGAUCGCUGAUCGAUUGCCAAAAGCAGCAGCAGACGCCGCCCCCUCUCAGCCCCGCCCACCUUCUUUAACGACCCCCUUUCACCACCCCCUAGUUACUGUUUGUUUUCCUGUAGUUUUGGUGUCUCGCCUCUUUUGAUUCUUCACCUGUCUGGCAGCUAGUUCUCUUUCCGUUUUUAUUUCUCACCCACUCUCUCUUUAAACGCUUUCAUUCAAAUGGCUUUUGUACAGUGCCACUUCCUUCUAACAAACUUUUGCCCGUGGAAUCACUUUACUAAAAUGUAUUCAGUGGUAUACUAAAAUGUAUUUAGUCGUAGAACAUUUUUUUAACCAGCUAACAAAACUAAGAUGUGUAAAUACUGUGGUUUUCUUAAUUUAACUUCUGUAUUGAAUGAAUAAAUUAAAAAAUACUACUAUUCAA